AUGCCUCUCAUAUCCCCGAAUGCCCUCCUUCAUGCCCAUCUGAAGCAGAACCCACCUCGACGUCCUUCCGGCCGCUCGCCUCUAGAGACAAGGAAUGCUCAGUUGAAUGUUGGAUCUUUGUCACAUUGCAAUGGCUCAUCUCUAGUUAAAAUCGGAGCCACCACAAUUGUAUGCGGUGUGCGGGCGCAUAUUCUUCCAGUCAGCGAGAUACCAAAUUUCAGGGUUACAAAGACCUCCCAAUCAUACGAUCCUUCUGCAUCGGUGAAGCAGAGUGACCACGAUAGACAGAGCAGCGAGCAUAGCUACAGCUACAAUCCGAUAUCACUCUACAAUCUCCUUGUCCCAAAUAUCGAAUUGGCGACAGGAUGCUCGCCCAGGCAUCCUGCAAACACAAUGCCCUCGGUCGAAGCACAGUCUCUUUCGCAACGACUCCUCUCGCUUCUCCAUACUUCAAACCUGGUCGAACCUUCCCAACUCGAAAUCACUUACACACCUCCCAUAGAUUUACAAGACCCAGAGCUUGGCAUUGACAGCGAUCCAGAAAUCAAAGCAUUUUGGACUCUGUACAUCGACAUCAUGUGCAUCAGUUAUGGAGGUUCAAUAUUUGAUGCUGCUUGGCUGGCAAUUUACGCCGCAUUGAAGGACACAAACCUGCCACAAGCAUGGUGGGACGCAGAUCUGGGACAAGUCCUCUGCUCGGCGGAGCAGGCAGUGCCUCUGAGCCUGCACGGCCUACCUGUACCAAGUACCUUUGGUGUUUUUGUACCGGACAAGAGGACUAUCGCCGAUCAAAUGACCAGUGACCCACCAUAUUGGAUCGUCGCAGACAUGGAUGCGUUCGAGGAAGGAUCAUGUAGCGAGACUUGCUGCAUCACGGUCGACGUAGAUGGUACAAGUGGGGAAACAUCAAUGUUGCGAAUUGAGAAACAUGGUGGAGCAGUCCUUGAUUUGAGACGCGUCGAGGAUGUUUUGGCGACUGCUGAAAAAAGAUGGCGGCAUUGGGACCAGCUCCUCAGCAGCGUGUUCCGGCCGUCAGAACAAGCACUUACCCUGGCUUGA